AUGUCCGACCUCAUUCAAGCUGCGGCGCCUAUCAUCCCCGUCAUCGAUGAACGCCUCGCGUAUCGCGCCGACGCACCGAGCUCACACAAAGCUAGAAUCGACGAGUACAACGAGCUCCUAGAGGACAUAUACCAGCGCGAGGUCGAGCUCAGCCGCGUCAAGUCGGCUCUUAUCAGCAUGCGGGAGGACAUCAGGAGCGAGGAGCGCCAUCUCGAAUUGACGAGCGGGAUCGCAGGCCUCGGACUCGCUCACGACGCCAUUGCGAGCUCCAGCAAGUCCGACGCGAGUGAGAGCGACGAGACUGGUGUCCUCUCCGACAGCAGUGGUAGCGACAGGGGUCGCCGGGAUGCAAACAUCGCUCUAAAGAGCCUCAAGCCGGGUGCCAAGAAACCUUUCUCGAAGGCUAAGAUGGGAAAGGGGUCUAGCAAGCAUUUCAAGGUCCCCGAUGCCCAGCUCGACGCCGAAUGGGACUAUAAGCUCGAGCUCGGUCGUAGCUCUGGAAAGAGGGGUAGGCGUGCGUCUGAUGCCUCUGAGGACGGCAUUCGUAUUUGA